AGCUUCAGAAGCCCCCACCCGCUGCGCCACUGUUGCCUUGCGAGCCUUGAACCCCUGACGGCGUCUCAUCCCUACAGUGCACCCGUCUCAUUUCUUCAGACUCUCUCUUUCGUCCUUUUUGUAAGCUCGCUCCCUCAUAAAACCAUUCCUUGCAGCGGUUGGACGUUUUCUCUCUCUUUGGUUCAGGCUGCCUUGACCGUAAUCCUUGAAUGAUCUCAGAUCUCCUCCGCCUUCUUAGCCACCAUGGGAAAGCCCGAUCCCCCUUCGCUUCCCGGCCUUGCCGGAGGUAGCGCCGACGCUGAUGUCUUGUCACUUCAUACUCAGCCUGGUGACCGGGCUCUGGACCAUGAUGUGCCAGAACUGCCAUCUGAUGACCUGCCGCCUCUCUAUUCGGACAUUGAGCAGGAAGACAGCCACGCGCCGUUGUUGCCAAACACUGUGCAGCACAUCGAGACUUACUUCGACCGCCAAGUAGAUGCCAACACGGGCAACGAAUUCUUCCUUGCCCCAACCAUAAACGGAGACCCAAAGGUUUUACUAGCGCAACUUGAAGAGUCUGCGAGCAAGCCGCCCCGGCCCUUGGUCCGCAUCGUGGGAACACACCAACAGCGGAUCAAGGAGAAUGGGAAGACAAAGACGGAGACCGUCACCGAUUUCGAUGUGUCCGUCGAUCUGACUCCAUACCUCUUCUCGGAUGCCACGAGGGCUACGUCUUGGAGGCAGUUGCGCACCGUUGAGAACAGUGAGAAGGUGCGGCGUGGCACUAUUCUGCGAAAACGGGCCCCUGGGUCGAAACAGGACAUCGAAAUCAGUGACAGCAAGCCGACGCUCCAAGAAUGGUGCCACCGAUACUACGCCAGCCACUCUAGUCUCAAAUGUUUCGUGCUUCGUCGCAAGGUUCUUGGUUUCGACGAGGAACUUCUGAAGCGAAACCUUGAGGCCCUAGUGCGCAGCACCAACUACCGCGGUCGUUCCGAGAUCACAUUUCCGGUCAAGGACGAGUACGUCUUUGUAUACAACGACUGCAAAGUCAACAGAUGGCGCCUUACACCGUGGAUCGUGUGGCUCUGCUACCUCACCUUCCUGUGGCUUUUCACCUGGCCGUUCCUCUUCUUCCGGACAAAGGUGUUCGAGGUGGCCGUUGCCGAGUGGCCCUUUUCGCUCCCAGAAGAAAACGGUGACAAGCGCUACGUCAGCAUGUCCGAAGGUUAUAUAUAUAACAUCUGGGGCCGGGCUAUCAGUCGUGCUAUCCUGGAUAAGCGCCAAGGCACCCUGGGCCAAGAGGAUCUCAUAGCUUCUCAGACCAGCCCCGAAACACCCUUUGCUAAUGCUUUGGAGGGCGCCCCGAGGUUUCUCAGGGAAGGUAUCAACGCGAUGACUGCUAUUAACCGGCAAUUCGGCUGGGGAGCGGAUGAAUACUAGGGUUGGCACGGGGCGUUUGACCUGGGAUAAGGGCUCGAGCCCGGCGGUGCAUGCAUCGACCGCUGACCGAGGAUCUUCUGAAGGGCUUUUCUGCCUUUUUCUAUCAUCUUAAACAGUUCAUGACACUUUCGUAGGAUAAUCGGUUCAUUGCUUCAUUUCUCCAGUUUCGGUCAUCGUCGCC